AUGCCAAGACACGCUGCUGAGCCGGCCGAGAAGGUCCAGCGAUACGCGGGGGAGUUGGGUUCGGGAUAUCUUACUGCCGACGGAGACGUUCUGUUUUGUGAAGCGUGCAAAAUGACUGUGAAUGCAGACAAGCGAUACUACGUGGGACAGCAUGUCCAAAGCGUGGGACACGUGAGACGACAUCAGCUUGCGCAAAUUUCAUCCGAGGAAGGAGGUCUCGCGUCGGACUUAUCGCCGAGAGAAAAUUCGUUCAGCAUGGAUCUGUGCAGGAUGAUGGUGGAAUCGAAUAUCAAACUGUACAAAAAUCAGCAGCAGUCAUUUCGGACCUUCAUGCAGAAGCAGUGCCAGGCCGAUCCCCCGAACCACACGACUCUUCGAAAGACCUAUCUCAAGAAACUCUACGAGGGAACCGUUUACAAGCUAAGAUCUUCCAUCGGAGACAAUCGAAUCUGCAUUUCUAUCGAUGAGACAGCUGAUGUCAAGGGACAAUUCGUUGUCAAUACAGUCAUCGGUGUCCUCAAUCCCGAAACGCCAUCCAUCCCGUUCCUGCUCAACUCCGAUACUGUCGGAAGAACCCAUCAAACGACCGUGGCUCAGGCUUUCACGAAUGCUCUGAAUUUGCUGUGGCCCGACAGAGUCCAUCAUGAAAGAGUUCUGCUGUUUGUGACCGAUUGA